AUGCAGGCCGACGAGAGCCAGGAACCCCCUCCGCCGCUUUCAACCCGUUUCCUCCAUGAGAAUGUUUGGUUGGGAAUCUUGGCUCGGACAUCUCCCGGUGUUAGAGUUGCGGUGUUUGAAACGCAAAUUUGUGGAGUGUUGCUCUCGACUCUCCGUCAAUGCGUCGGCCAGCGCACGAGGAUUUUUGGGAGACUCCCGCUGGAUAACCUUAUCGUCGGAAAAAGAAUCACGAACAACGAGCGUCGGUCAUUAUGGACAUACUCUGUCGUGGAAGAAGAUCCAAUCUUUACACUGGCUGUACCUGUGAUUAUCUCACCUCGAAGGAAUAGAAUGAAUGUCAUGCAGUCCCACAGGGACCUUUGCCUUUGCCACCGCAAAAUGUUAUUUGGCACCGGCAGAAUGCGCACCUGGGAUGGAAUUGGGACCGAUCAUUGA